GCGAGCGCGUACUUCGAAAUGGCAUUACGCUAUCCAAUAGGAUUGUCAACAUACCCAGUUUAUAUCAUCAGACCAAUCACUGCCUCCGUUCUGCAGGCUGACUAAUCAGAAAGUCUUGAUGCCACCGAUGGGCGUCAUCAUUAUCCACCAAUCAGAUUGAAUUAUGAGUUUAAACCGUGGGCGCGGGCGGUCCUACACCGUAAUCGGGGCGGGUCCAAAUGAGGACAUGCUUGAAUUUGAAUUCAGGCAGGAGCUAACAAUUUAUAGGAUGUUAGCCGGUUAUUGAAAGACAGCAAAUAUCGUUUCACUACUAAUUUAGUUUUCUGAUAAAAGCUACAAGUAAUUUUGUUUAUUUUAGGUAGUAUCGUCUCAUAUUGCAGGCAUUUGUUCGGUGUCGUAUCUGCUUACAUCGGUUUUAAGGAAGCCACUUGCAAUGAAAGCGGGCGUCGUCCACUGCCGUUGUUCAAAAUGUUACUCAGUUCCAGCACGGAAGCGGGUUCGUAAACGCUCGCCGUCCCUCACGCUGCUGUCUCUGCCUGAGGAGAUUCUUCUCUGUGUGCUCCAGUGUCUGUCUGCAGAAGACCUCCUCUCUGUCAGAGCAGUUCAUUCUCAGCUGCGGGACAUUGUAGACAACCACUCCAGUGUUUGGGCUAGGGUCAGUUUUAGAGACAGAUGGCCAUCCCCCAGCACCUUAUGGCUAUUUGAAAAAGCAGCAGAAAAAGGGAAUUUCGAGGCUGCGGUGAAACUUGGCAUUGCUUAUUUAUACAAUGAAGGACCAUUGCUGAGUGAUGAAGGGCGAGCGGACGUCUGUGGUCGAAAGGCUUCCCACUUUUUCAGCUUGGCGGAAAGCGUGCGCUCUCCCAAAGCCAACCCCUUCACUUGGGUUUUCAUCCGUCCGCCGUGGUCGCCCACCGGCAGCUGCUGCAAGGCCGUGGUGUUCGAUCACCUCAAGGCCGAGUGCGACACGAACAUGGAGAAGAAGGGUCCCCUGUUGCACUGUUUGGCCAGAGUUCUGCUGCUGUUCGAAGAUGAAGAGAGAAGAUCAGAGGCCAUAUCGAUGCUGGGGGAGUCGUCACAGGCUGGCUGUCUCCAAAGCUCAUACCUGCUGUGGCUGCAUAGUCGUAAAGAUGCUGUGUUGGAUCCAGGACGGUACCUUCAGAGUGUACGGACCCUCAGGGACUAUGCUGGCAAAGGAUGCUGGGAGGCACAGUUGUCUCUGGCUAAAGUGUGCAGCACCAGGAACCCGCUGGGGUUGGAGUCCAAAGCCUGCUCGGACAUCGUAGCUCAGCUCUUCAAUUCUUCCUCUGCGGCGGCACAGCACAGCGUUCACGGCCUCCUGAGAAGAGGCAUCAAGGACACUAUGAGGUACAUCCUGGUGGACUGGCUCGUGGAGGUCACCACCAUGAAGGACUUCUCCAGCCAGACGCUACAUGUGACGGUGAGCUGCGUGGACCGCUACCUGGCUCUCCGGUCUGUCCCUAAGGCCCGCCUCCAGUUGUUAGGAAUCGCCUGCAUGGUUGUUUGCACACGGUAUAUCAGUAAAGAAAUCUUGACCAUACGAGAAGCUGUUUGGCUCACAGACAACACCUACAAAUACGAAGAUCUGGUCCGAAUGAUGGGAGAAGUCGUGUCUGUGCUAGAUGGAAAAAUCCGGGGCGCCACUCUGCUAGAUUAUGGGGAGGUGCUGCUCUACCUGCUCCCCCUGGAGAGGCGAACCACUCACCUGUUCAGCUACAUCUGCGAGCUGUCGCUGCUCUACUCCGCCCUCACAUCACCACCUCCCGCCAAACUGGCCUGUGCCGCACUUCUCCUAACACGAGCACUACAUCAUUAUGGCCCCGUCUGGCCGGCGCUGUUAGCCGACUACACAGGAUUUUCCAAGCAGGACCUCGUCCCCCUUUCUGUGCUGCUUUAUGUCAAGUGUUUCAGUGACGAUGUCCCAAAAGAUUACAGACACGUCUCUCUCACUGGAGUGAAGCAGCGAUUUGAGGAUGAGGUUUUCCACCAAAUCAGCAAAGAAAAGGUGAUGGAUUACAAAGAGCUCUGUCAAAUAUUGGAGAUUCCUGAGGUGGAGCCUGAGAUGGAGCCUCCCAGUCCCACCAGUGGUCAACCUGCAGACAUCCACACCUUCCUGGCUUCUCCAUCCAGCACCAACAAGAGGAGACGGGAUGACGGCAUGCGACCCGGCAGAGGCAGCCUGGUAGCCACACCAACGGCAGAGCUGUCCAAUCAGGAGGAGAUGCUGCUGGGAGACAUACUGGACUGGAGUCUGGAGUCUUCAUGCUCUGGUUAUGAGGGGGACCAAGAGGAAGAAAGUGAGACGGAGAAAGAUUCUGACACUUCUAUGAUCUCAAUCCAACUGCGUCCACUGGCUAAUGAAGAAAACCAUCUGGAACAUUGCAGAGCUCUGUCCAGCGACGAAGACAGUAUUUGUGAAGCAAAAAGUGAGGUAAACAAUAUCUCUCAAGGACACAAAUCCGCCUCCUUAUCUCCAGACCUUCACAGCUCAGGAUACUCAUCCGUCCAGAGUGUGAGCCCAUCGUCCUCCUCCAUUAUGCCCUCCCCCGUCAAGACAUUUACGGGCUCGCUGGGCGUGGCCUCUGCUAAUGCCCAGCCGGGUUUCCGCCUCCUGGAGCCCACGCUGAGGUCCCGGGGCACCUCCAGCAAACAAGUGAAGAGAAAAAACGCUGCAGCUCAUAGUGGAAGUGACAUGGAAAAGUGAGAGGAGAAGGAGGAGUGUCACACCCAUGCAGGGUUCUGAUGCUGGAAACGUUUGGUUUAUCGAUGCUCAGUUUCUCACCUUCAGCACUUUUUUUUUUUAUUCAUGGUAUUCUUGAUGAUGUUCCUGGUGCCAAUGAGUCUGCACUGAUCAGGCAGCUGCUGUCAAAUCAAAAGAUUCACAUUUUACAGAAAAAAGAUGGGAAGCAAACAUGAUAACAAAAAUGUAGGUUGAGCAUAAAUGAUAUGGAUUUUUCUAUAAGGUUACAUUUCAGUGACGAGUUUCUUGGCACAGAGAAACAAAUCCACCUCCUAUAAAACCACUUGAACGUGACUUGACUUUACUCAGGAGUCUAAUACAAUGGUUGCCUUGUCACUUGGUUUACAGCUUCUACAACAGCCUAUCUCAGAUUACGUUUGAUAGUCGGAAAAAAAAUCAAACCUUUGGGGAUCUUUUCUUCCCCGAUUGGUUUAUUGUUCGUCGUCUGUUUUUAUUUUAUUUUUUUAUAAUAAAAAAACAAGCUGUCAUGUUUUUGUGACUGAGUUGAGGGCAAAUUGCCCGUACAAGAAUUCAUCUUGUAUUUGUCAUGUCUGCAUCAGAAGCCCACAGAAUAUGUUAGUGGUAAUUCGUCUGUGUCGCUCCAUACUUACUAUUUUUUUGCCAAAGGUACUGUGGUUUCAUCUGUUUUUCAUGUAUAUCUGCAGAAUAGGGUUGGAAAAAAGAAAAACUGUGAAAUAACUUGAUGAGUUGUCAAAAAUUACUGGUCUUGUUGUGCUGUAAUAAUUUUUCUUUUAUAACUGUGGCACACUAAUCCCAUCAGGAGCCCCACUCGUUACGUUUUUCACUAAGUCGUGCUGAUAAUGACAAACUCAUGACUAGAUGGGUGAUUCAUUAAAAAACCUUGUUUUGUUUUGCUCUCCGCAGUCAUGAAUAUUCAGUAUUUGAAGCAACACGAAGCUGCAAUGCUGAGUUGUACUCUUGAUCAGGUCUAGCACUUUCACUGUUAGGAGUGCAAACCCAUUGAAAUGUAAUUGGUCUGAUGCUUGAACAAUCAAUACGAAAGUAUUAAAACAGAUUUGCAUUUCUUGACCCAAAUGGAAACUGGAGGAGUUGUUGCACAUUGGGGUUUCAUAGGACUUUUCGCCCUUUCAGGAGUGCAUGACUUCCAAGUGACUGUGACUAACUGUAAAUACAUUUUUUUAAUGUACAUAGUGAUAUGUAUAAAUGGCAAAGACAAUAUGGAAAAUGCCACUACUUUGCAUUGUUUGUCUCUCCAAAGAAGCAGGUUUCUAUGUAAACUCUUUUUUUUAAGUGCAUUGUUUUGUAAAGUUCCAAUAAAAAACAUUUUUUAAAUAUA